AUGCAGAAUCCGUCUUCAAAUUUUUUUCAACAACAUUUACCGUUUAUGGUAGAAGGCGAACGGGUUGGCGUCAUAUUCUCAAAUUUAGAUGCGAUUCAAAAAUAUAGAGAAGAACUGCUAACUGUAACCUUUGCAGAAAUUGACGGCACAUUUAAAACGGUACCAAAAAGUUCACCACAGCUAACCAAAGGCUGUUUAUUAACAUUUCAAGUGGUUCUAAAAAAUGUAUCUUUUCCGAUGGUUUAUGCGCUGACUUCCCGAAUGACUCAAGCUACAUACGAGUCAUUCUUGAGGAUUGUUCGUGAGGUUUUGCCAUUGAAUUAUGCCCAGUUAACAAUCAUAUCUGAUUAUGAAAGGGGGUUAAUAAAUGCAGUAGAAUCAACCUUUCCUGAAAGCAGAUUUCAAGGUUGUUGGUUCCAUUACUGUCAAGCUAUUGUAAGGUAUUGUAGAAGAAGUCUAAAUAGUAUUUACCAUUUAUUCCAAUCGAAUCCUGAGGCAGCUACAAUAUUGCGCAUGAUCUUAGCUUUACCACAUUUACCUGCUCAAGUACAUCCCAAUUGUACAUUUACAAUACAUGAUGGAUUUUGGGUAAUUGUUGAAUUUGCCAAUCAAUAUCCGAAUAUUUAUCAACAGAUGGAAGUAUUUCUGAAUGGUUAUAUUCAAGAAUUUUGGCUUACACAAAUUGGCGCUGCCUCUAUAAGCGUCUAUGGUUCAGAUAUACGCACCAACAAUUACCUAGAGUCAUUUCAUGCUAUGUUACUCAAUCAAAUGGGAAAACAUCCAAAUAUUUGGGAUUUUUUGCAAAAAUUGUUGUUGAUUGAAAAUCAAUUUUACCUUGAGAUGGACCAAGUUCGAAGAAAUCUAACAGUAAGAAAUCAUACAUCUAGAGUACAACGGUCAGAUGCUACUCGGAGGGUUAGAGAGUAUAUUGAUACUCUCAAUGACGAUGGGAAUCUCUUAAUGUUUCUCCAAAGAGCCGGCCAUAUGAUGGAUGGGUAUCUGCAUGGACAAGUUGGCCCACAGCCAUGA